UCCUCCCCCUGCUAGAUGAACUCGAGUAGCUUCGAUAUCGCCGGACCAUUGGGCAUCGGUGCCAUCGAACUCGGGGUCUUUGGUGCUCUGAUCCUCUUUGGAAUUCUGAUCGUGCAGACGUAUGUGUACUUUGUACACACCGGAAGCGAGGAUCUUAAGAGUCUUCGAAUCAUGGUUGCGAUCGUUUUUCUAUUCGAAGUGGCGCAUACGAUCACGAUCAUUAUUGGUAUAUUUCAAUGGACUGUCGUCGCCGGAGACAGGAAGACAAGGAAGAUGCCGGGGAUCUUCAUAAUCACAAAUCUACUCGAGACGCUGGUGACCACCGUGGUGCAGUCACACUUUGCCCACCGUGUCUACCGCUUCACGCGCAAUCCAUGGCUCACCUUCUCUAUCGCCCCGCUUAUCCUGUUGCGCGCCGCAGGCGGGAUCGUCCUGUCCGCACUCACCUUCGUGCUCGACCCGAGAACAGCGCCGGGCCAGUACUUCCCUGUGCAGAAUCUGAUCGGCUGGCUGGUCAGCGCGACGUUCAUCGCGGGGGCGGUGGUGGACGCGCUGAUCGCCGCGGGCUUGUGCUUUUACGUUCGAAAGUGGAAAUCGCCCAGUGCAGGCGAUAGUCUCGAGUCAACGGUUCAGUUAUGCAACCGCAUCAUGUUCUGGUCGAUCCAAACGGGUUUGAUCACCAGCGCCUUUUCCAUCGCUACCUUUCUCUGCUUUCAAUUAAUGCCUCAUAAUUAUGUCUGGAUUGGGGUGCUCGCUGUUCUUGGAAAAGUCUAUUCAAACAGUCUCUUGUCUUCAUUGAAUGUCCGCGCCAUCCACCGCGCACACAAGGAGAAAGUGGCACAGACGAUUUUGCUGUUCAGAUCAUCGACUCUGGCGUUCAAUGAUACUGAGGUAGCCGUUACAAGCAAUGUCCAGGUGGAUCGCGGUUCAAUCCACGAGGAGCACACCCAAGCUCCGAAA